AUGGUCGAAUUCCCCUUUUUUGUAUAUGUCAUUCUGUAUAUGUACAUGGUCAUAAUCAUUCAUAUGCAGUAUUGUAAAGUAUUAUCAAGAUACUCAACGCCAAAGGACAGCCGACAGCCAACGCCAAAGGACAGCGACAACGCCAAAGGACAGCCGACAGCAACGCCAAGGACAGCCGACACCAACGCCAAAGGACAGACAGAUACAGCAACGCCAGACAGCCGACAGCCAACGCCAAAGGACAGCGACAACGGACAGCCGACAGCCAACGCCACAGCCGCCAACGCCAAACAGCCGACAGCCAACGCCAAAGGACAGCCGACAGCCAACGCCAAAGGACAGCCGACGCCAAAGGACAGCCGACAGCCAACGCCAAAGGACAGCCGACACAACGCCAAGGACAGCCGACAGCCAACGCCAAAGGACAGCCGACAGCCGACAGCCAACGCCAAAGGACAGCCGGCCAAAAGACAGCCGACAGCCAACGCCAAAGACAGCCGCCAAAGGACAGCCGAGCGACAGCCAACGCCAAAGGACAGCCGACACGACCAACGCCAAAGGACAGCCGACACAACGCCAAGGACAGCCAACGCCAAAAGACAGCCGACAGCCAACGCCAAAGGACAGCCGACAGCCAACGCCAAGGACAGCCGACAACCAACGCCAAAGGACAACCAACGCCAACGCCAAAGGACAGCCGACAGCCAACGCCAAAGGACAGCCGACAGCCAACGCCAAAGGACAAACGCCAAAAGGACAGCCGACAGCCAACGCCAAAGGACAGCCGACAGCCAACGCCAAAGGACAGCCAACGCCAAAGGACAGCCAACGCCAAGGACAGCCGACAGCCAAAGGACAGCCGACAGCCAACGCCAAAGGACAGCCGACAGCCAACGCCAAAGGACAGCCGACAGCCAACGCCAAAGGACAGCCGCAGCCAACGCCAGCCGACAGCCAACGCCAAAGGACAGCCGAGCCAAAGGACAGCCGACAGCCAACGCCAAGGACAGAGGAGCCAACGCCAAAGGACAGCCAACGCCAAAGGACAGCCGACAACGCCAAAGGACAGCCGAACAGCCAACGCCAAAGGACAGCCGACAGCCAAAGCCAAAGGACAGCGACAGCCAACGCCAAAACAGCCGACAGCCAACGCAACAGCCAACGCCAAAGGACAAAACCACAGCCGCCAAUGACACAACGCCAUCGCAACCGAACCCGGCGACCGCGUAUCCGAACGCUCUCCAACGUCCAAUUAAAACCCGUAUCCGACACGACAAGGGAACGAAGCCGAAUAAGUGGGUCAAGAAGCCAGCGUGA